AUGCAGCCUUCACUGGUCAAGCUCAAGAGGCUGACGUUAGAAAAGCUGUCCCCCAACAUGGGCAUCUUGGAAUCUCCCGUCCAGUCUGCCCCUCCCCUGUUGUUGCUUCUUCCUGUAUCUUCCAAUGCUUUUUCAGGGAUGAGUCGUCUCUUCCUGCUGCCUCUCCUCACAUUCCUGACAUCUGUAGUUGAGGGGAAGAUAUAUGGACGUUGUGAACUGGCCCAAAACUUGAAGGCAGCUGGUUUGGACGGAUACCGUGGCUACAGCCUGGCUAACUGGGUCUGCUUGGCCUUCUAUGAGAGCCACUUUGACACCGGACUCGUGGACCACGAAGCUGACGGCAGCACCAGCAAUGGCAUCUUUCAGAUCAACAGCCAUCUCUGGUGUGAUGACCUCACGCAUCCCUCUCCAAACAUCUGCGAUCUGCACUGUUCGGAUCUCUUGACCAGUAGUCUCAACGAUGACAUUACCUGUGCCAUGAGGAUCGUGCAAACCCCAAGAGGAAUGGGCACCUGGUUGGCUUGGAAGAGUAAUUGUGAAGGUCUUGAUUUGUCUGACUGGCUGAAAGGAUGUAAGCUGUGAGACUGGUGAUGUGGGAAAAAGAAGUCUCUGGAAAUGCUUGGCAUGAGUCGCACUGCUGACGCCCAGGAGCCAACCAGUCAGUCAUGUGCAGAUAAAUGUGUUUCAAGCGAUGCGCAGGUCAUUUUGCCAGGGAAAAGGAUUGCCUCUCAGGAAGCAAGAAUCAAACCUUGUAGUAUAAAAAUAUUUACUGAGAUUUCUGCGCUUGAGUUGUGGUGUAUUACAACUUCUGCAAAUGUA